UGUAAGAUCUGUAAAAAACACCAUCAGAUAAAUCAACAGUGUUAUAUUCAGCCAAACACAAAGGAACCCUGCCUUACUGAUUUAUUAUUCAUAUUUUACGAUUUGGAAACACGACAGGACACCAUUCAGACCGACGGCAGUGCAGUGCAUGAAACCACAUUGUGUGUGUUUAAAUUGUGUUGUUCCAACUGUUUAGAUACGGAAGUGGAAUUUUGUGAAAAAUGCGGCGUAAGGACCCACGUAAUUAUCAACAACCCUAUUGAAAAUUUUAUGAACUUUGUGCUGAAUCAAAGGAAAAUUUUCAAAAGAGUGACUGUGAUUGCACAUAACGGUCAAGCAUUCGACCAUCAGUUCAUCCUGAACUAUAUUCUCACCAAAACAGACAUCAAGCCAAACUUAAUUAUGCGGGGGACAAAAAUUAUUUUGGCUGAGGUGGGAAAUGUGCGAUUUUUGGACUCGCUAAAUUAUUUUCCAAUGGCUCUGGCAAAGCUACCUAAAGCUUUCGGCCUUGCUGGAAACUUUAAGAAGGGUUAUUUUCCACACUUGUUUAAUACCCUGGAAAAUCAGCAAUACGUGGGUCCUUUACCAUCUGCUGAAUUUUACGGUCCGAAUCAAAUGAAGCCCGAGGACCGACAUACGUUUUUAAACUGGCAUCAAGAGCAUCAGAAUGAUGUUUUUAAUUUCCAGGAGGAAAUCGUCGCAUAUUGCAAGUCGGACGUGGAAAUACUAAUGAGAGCCUGUCUUUCAUUUAGGUCGAUGCUUCUUAACGAGUGUAAGGUUUGUCCAUUCACCGAAGCAACAACAAUAGCAUCAGCGUGUAAUAAGGUGUUUGCACGAAACUAUCUGGAAGCCGAUACAAUCGCCGUUAUUCCCCGUGGUGGUUACCGAUUGGCUGAUAAUCAAUCGGUUAUCGCUUUACAAUGGUUGUUGUGGGAGGAGAACGUACGAGGAAUCACCAUACACCACGCCGGUACAGGUCGAGAACACCUAGUAGGAGGAGGACUCAAAGUUGACGGUUUUAACGAGGAGCAGCGUCAGGUAUUCGAGUUUCACGGUUGUUACUUCCAUGGAUGCACCAGCUGUUUCAAAUUUCACCGAGACACAUCGAUUGGAGGAGGUAAAAUGGAUACCAUGCGAAAUCGUUACGAGGCCACCACCAUUAAAACGACUCGACUUCGCAACCUGGGAUUUGAAGUCAUCGAAAUGUGGGAAUGUAACUUCCGCGCAUUAUUAAAACAGAGUUGUGAAGUGCGUGAUUUUGUCGAAAACCAUCCCGUGUUGGCAACAUCACCAUUGAAUCCUCGUGACGGUUUUUAUGGAGGCCGAACCGGAAACACUGUUACAUACUACAAAUGUAACGAGGGUGAGCGCAUCAAAUACAUCGAUGUAUGUUCGUUGUACCCUUUUGUGUGCAAGUACGGCCGAUUUCCUCUAGGACACCCCACAAUUUAUGUAGGAUCUGCAGCCCGGGACAUUGAUUUAUCCACCGUAGAUGGCAUGGUGAAAUGUAAAAUUUUACCACCCGCGCAGUUGUACCACCCCGUUCUCCCUGUCAGGAUGAAGGGAAAGUUAAUGUUCGCCCUUUGCAACAGCUGUGGUGAAAGUUCACAGCAGCAAGUCGUGAAAGCAUUGGAAAAAGGCUACAGGAUUGUGGAAGUGUUUGAAGUGUGGACAUACGAAACGCGUCAAUACAACCAUGCGGCGGGUCAGCCGGGUUUAUUCACAGAAAUGAUGAAUAAAUUCAUCAAAAUUAAACAGGAAGCCUCCGGCUGGCCCGCGGAUUGCAUAAACGAUGUGGUGAAACAACAACAAUAUCUGGUGGAUUUUGAAGAAGCUGAAAAAGUGAAUCUAACACCGGAACGCAUCGAAAAUAACCCUGGUCUUCGAUCCCUCGCCAAAUUAAUGUUGAAUUCGUUCUGGGGAAAGUUUGGACAACGUGAAAACCAACCACAAACAACCAUCGUCAACGAUCCUCAGGAAUGCUUUGAUCUCCUUGCGCAUCCGUCGAAGAAUGUCAACAGUAUAACUCCUGUGAAUGAACAAACUGUUGUAAUCAACUGGGAGUACGCCGACGAGGCUGUGGAAUCUCUGCCUACUGUGAAUGUGGUAAUUGCAGCUUUUGUUACAGCACAGGCCCGUUUGAAGUUGUACGAAUAUCUAGAGAUGUUGGAUACACGUGUUUUAUACUACGACACCGAUUCCGUUAUCUAUGUGUCAAGCAACCAUUUUCCAGAUCCCCCGACUGGAAAAUUCAUUGGAGACAUGACCGAUGAGCUGGAGGUAUACGGUAUCGGAUCCUACAUCACGGAAUUUGUUUCGGGCGGGCCUAAAAAUUACGCAUACUCGGUGUGGUCAACGACGAAGCAGUGUAUCGAACAUAGGGAUGGCGCGUGCUCACUUGCCGACAAAGGCCAGCAACCACCCAAACAGAUGGGCGGCACGUGCCGACAGGGUCGUGACGUCACUCCUACGCUGUUCGUCUCAAGUGACCCACUGGCGCCGGAGGGGAGGGGGGAGUCGUGA